AUGUCAGCCCCAAGGAAACACGUCGUCUUCGACAUCGUAGGCACCUGCAUGUCCUACGACGCGAUCCACCGCGCAAUCGACACCCGCCUCGGCCCCAAGCUCGCCGAGUACCAGAUCAAGCCCGCCCUCCUGGGCUUCGCCUGGAUCGAGGCCGCCGAGCGCGAGUACACCUACCUCAGCAUCCAGGGCCGCUACCGCCGCUUCUACGACAUCUUCCGCAGCCUCUUCUACCGCAUGCUCUACCAGGCCGGCGUGCCGGAGCCCCGCCAGCUCGCCACCGACGACGACGUCGCCUUCAUCAUGGAGCGCUUCAUGGAGCUCGAGGCCCGCCCCGGCAUCAAGGAGUGCUUCACCCUCCUGCGCGAGGCCGGGUUCACCGUGUGGGCGUUCACAGCGGGCGACGCCAAGCGCGUGGGAGGCUACUUUGCGAGGGCGGGCAUCGACAUGCCCGCGGAGAACCUGCGCAGCUGCGACUUUGACGGGCUGGGCAAGCCGGAUCCGCGGGCGUACAAGACGCAGCUGGAGAGCUUCGGCGGGGAGGAGGCGUGGUUCGCCGCGGCGCACAUGUGGGAUGCGAGCGCGGCCAAGGGGUGCGGGUUCAAGGGCGCGUGGUGCAGCAUCUACGAGAAGGAGCCGUGCGUGGAUUUGUUUGGCGAGAUGGACGUGAUGGCGGACGAGUUGCCGGAGAUGGCGCGGAAGAUCAUAGCUGCGUCAGAAGGCAAGAAAGCGUGA